AUGAGGGUGUCAAGAAACUGCAAGGAUCCAGCGGGCAGUAUUGAGGCUGGAUACAUUGGCAAGGAUUGUCUCGGGACAGGGUACUCGUUUGAUGUGUUCGUACAUCGCGGAGCUGGUGCUUACAUUUGUGGAGAAGAAACAGCAUUGUUAGAGUCGAUGGAAGGAAAGCAGGGAAAACCGCGUCUGAAGCCGCCUUUCCCGGCCGACAUUGGUUUGUUCGGCUGUCCUACGACAGUUACGAAUGUAGAGACGGUAGCUGUUUCACCAACAAUUUGUCGCCGAGGUGGUGAAUGGUUUGCCUCUUUCGGACGUGAGCGCAAUCGGGGAACAAAGUUGUAUUGCAUCUCGGGCCAUGUGAAUAAUCCAUGUACGGUAGAGGAGGAAAUGUCAAUUCCACUAAAACAGCUAAUUGAGCAACACUGUGGUGGAGUCAUUGGCGGAUGGGAUAAUCUACUUGCGAUCAUUCCCGGAGGAUCUUCCGUGCCUCUCAUUCCCAAAAGCAUAUGUGAAAAUGUUCUUAUGGACUAUGAUGCUUUAAUAGAAGUGCAGUCAGGUCUUGGAACUGCUGCUGUCAUUGUCAUGAAUAAACAGUCGGAUAUUGUCAAAUGCAUUGCUCGUCUUUCACUGUUUUACAAGCACGAGAGUUGUGGACAGUGCACACCAUGUCGGGAGGGAUGCAACUGGUUGAAUAAGGUCAUGUGGCGGUUUGUGGAUGGCAAAGCAAAACCGAGUGAAAUAGAUAUGCUAUGGGAAAUAUCAAAGCAGAUGGAAGGAAAUACGAUCUGCGCGUUUGCAGAUGCUGCUGCUUGGCCAGUGCAGGUGACCUUAUUUCUUCAUCAGUUAUUGUUGUUCCCUUGUAUCGACGAUUUCAUUGUUAUUGGACGAGCCGAUCCUCCAUAUGGUGAUGUGCAGAAUGCAGCACGCGAAUUGCGUAACAACGUGACGUCUCGUGAAUGGCGUCUCCCAUCAUCUUGGGAGGUCGUGCUUUUGGAUCUGGGUGACUGGUACAAAACCAAAGAGAUUAUUCUCAAAGGAUCGGAAUGGAUCAUCAAUGAAAUUCGCACUUCCGGCCUUCGUGGAAGAGGAGGUGCUGGUUUUCCUGCUGGGAUGAAGUGGGGCUUUAUGAAUAAGCCAUUCGAUGGACGCCCAAAAUAUCUGGUCGUGAACGCUGACGAAGGAGAACCGGGUACUUGUAAAGAUCGUGAAAUCAUGAGGCAUGACCCUCACAAGCUUAUCGAGGGAUGUUUGAUUGCUGGUGUGGCGAUGGGAGCCCGAGCAGCCUACAUUUAUAUCCGUGGCGAAUUCUACAAUGAGGCUUGCAUUCUUCAAGAGACUAUCAAUGAGGCAUACAAGGUAGGAGUUCUUCUUAUGACCUUCUAA